AUGAGCACCAUGAGAGGUAAGCCGCAUCUCACUUUCUCGGACCUCCAACUGUCCAUCGAGGUGGGGUUCUGGGAGCAACUCCGGCAGCUCAAGCUCACCGAGUGGAGACUGAAGGAGCCACAUGCCGCCCUGGCCGGCAUUAUGCGUGUGAAUGUUUCCGAUCGUGUGCUCUUGUCUCCGCCAAACUUGGUGCACCUGAGCGCCGGUAGUCUGCAUCCAUCGAAGCUUACCCAGGCCGCAGAAGAGAACACUGUCGAGGUUGUGAACGUGCAAGUGCAAGGGACGGUGAAAACCUUCAACUUCGCAGAAGAGCUCAAUGCGCUGGAUUUUCGGAGCGCGCUACUGUCGAUUGCGGCGGAGACGCUGUUGGCGCCUGCUGUGGCGUUGCAUGCCAGCGCUGAAGAGGAGGCGGAUGCAUGGUCCAAGAUACCGUUUGCCACCCUUUGCAUGUUCACGUACAUUGAUGCGAAGGCGUACCGCUUUUUUCACUGUGAGGCUUUUCCAUGCAUUUCAAUCGAGGGCGCUUUGCUCGUCGACUCUCUAGUGUUGGGUUCAUUACCUGCGCUUCCAUUUUCCGCUGAGUCUGCGCAGGCGAUACAUCGCCACGGGACAGACCUACUCCGUCAGAAACCUGAGCAGGGCUGCAACCCGUUUCUGUCCAUCUGCGCCAACAACAGCGUUGAGUUUAUUUCCUUUUCACCGUCUGCCUUUGUCGCUGUCACUGCAACGAAGAGUAACAGUGUUGUCUUGUGCUUCUUCGACUUUUCCGACACUGCAGGAGGCGUCAGUCUGCCGGCGCGCAACUUGAUCACGUGCCUGCGACUUGCAGUGCCGUCCCUCACCUCCCUCCGCCUGUAUGCAUUGCGGACUGGAGGCACGGAAAAGAGUAUAUUUAUAAACCUGGAGUUCGAUGCCCUCGAGGAGUCGCUUGUUGCUUCUCUUCGAGAGCGACUGACGGGCGCGUCGUCCGCCGACCUGGCUCGUGUACGGUGGAAAGAGGAGUUUCCCUCACUCAAGGCAGCAGGGUGGCGCAAGAAGAAGAUCGAGAGCCUGGAACUGGGCGCCUUCAUCAACUCCGUGCAGCGGGCUGACAGUGAUUCCCGUUUCAACCUUGAACUAAUGAAGUGGCGCGUGUUGCCAUCACUGGCGUUGGAUCAGAUUGCCGGGUGCAAAGCGCUACUUCUCGGCACCGGCACCCUGGGCUGCAACGUGGCACGAAACCUGCUGAUGUGGGGAGUUCGUGACUUCACCUUGGUCGACCGCGGCCGUGUCUCCUUCUCCAACUUGGCGCGGCAGUCGCUGUUCACCUUUGAGGCCGCAAAAGACGGCAAGACGAAGGUGGACGCUGCUGCCGAGGCGAUUCACACCAUCAUCCCAUCUGCCGUGGUGCACCCAGUGCCUUUGACCAUUCACAUGCCAGGACAUCGCGUCGAUGAGGCUCAGGUAGAUAAAGCGUUGGGCGAAAUUCGCAGAUUGGAGGAGCUCAUCACCGACAGCGACGUCGUGUUCCUCCUCACUGAUUCCCGCGAAGCUCGCUGGAUGCCGACCAUCAUUGCUGCGGCGACAGGGACACCUGUCAUCAACGUUGCUCUUGGCUUUGACACGUACGUGGUGAUGCGUCACGGCGUACGGGCACAGACCUCAUGCCCCAAUGCCAUAGAGGAAGUCGAGUGCUCUGCCUCACUUCACACCGACUUGGGAUGCUACUUUUGCAGCGACAUCAUAGCACCAACAGACAGCCUCAGUUUCCGUGCGCUUGAUGAGCAGUGCACGGUUACCCGACCAGCUGUGUCGUCCAUUGCUUCCGCAAUCGCGGUCGAGCUCUUGGCCGAGUUGUACCAACACCCGAGCAGAUUCCGGUGCCCAGCCUAUCGUGAAUCCGCCGCCGGCGCAAGUGACCAGGGGCGGUGCUGCCUCGGAGUCAUUCCGCAGCAGAUCCGCGGCAGCGUCUUUUCACACACGAUGUAUCACUUGUGUGGAGAGAGAAACCCUUUCUGCACUGCCUGUGCCGACGUGCUUUUGCACGCGUACAGGGAGGGCGGGACCGAGUUUCUCCUGCGGUGCGUCAACAGUCCCCUUUAUAUUGAGGAAGUCUGUGGGGUAAAGGCGCUUAAGGCAAAAUGGGAGGCGGACAUGAACGAGACGCACUGGAGCUCUGACGAGGACUUGGUUGACUAG